AUGCAGCCAGAAAAAACUUCAGUGGCAUGGGACUCACUUUCGUAUGAGAUUCAGCCAUGGCUUCGUGACGCAAUGGUAUCUCUUGGAUUCAAUACAAUGACACCAGUUCAAGCAUCUACUAUUCCACUCCUCUCGCAGCAUAAGGAUGUUGUAGUGGAAGCUGUCACUGGAUCAGGAAAAACACUUGCUUUUGUAAUUCCAGUUUUAGAAAAAGUCGCCAAGUCCUUGGCUGAUGGAGAGUUCAAAAAGGGGUUUUUUGGAGCAGUGAUCAUAUCACCAACAAGGGAGCUUGCAAACCAGAUAGAUACAGUUAUUCAGUCCAUUCUUAACCUACAACCAGAAGAACAAAGCCAAAUUAAAUCACAGUUAUUGGUGGGAUCUAUUCAAUCUUUGAGAGAAGAUUUGAGCUCGUUUAUAGCAAACAAACCUCAAAUUCUAAUUGGUACCCCUGGUCGAGUAUUAGAUUUUCUUUCAAACAACGCAGUAAGAACUAGCAAGUGUGAAAUAUUGAUCUUAGAUGAGGCAGAUAAAUUGUUAGAUAUUGGUUUUCUCAAUGAUACCCAAUCAAUUGUUAGAUUAUUACCAACGCAAAGAAGGACUGGAUUAUUCUCAGCCACUAUAUCUGGAGCAGGUAAUGAUAUCUUUAAGACAGGAAUGACAAACCCAGUUAAAGUCACGGUAAAAUCUGCAUCUAUUAAGACUAAUACGGCACCAGAAAGUCUUAAUCUGGUUUAUAUGGUUGUGGAUCCUGAAAUCAAACUGAAAUUGUUGAUGGAAAUGAUUAAGAAAUAUAGAUAUAAGAAGGUGAUUGUUUAUUUUCCAACAAACUUUGCAGUCACUUACUUUUAUUCUUUAUUUACUGAAUUGAUUUCUAGGUCGGAUGAUAUAUCAGAAGGUGAACUUGAGAUAUAUUCUCUUCAUGGAAAACUUGAGGCCAAACCGAGAAUCAAAGCUUUGAGUAAAUUUACAGAAUCAUUGGCUUCAAAAGCAGUUCUUUUUACUACAGAUGUUUCCGCCAGAGGUUUAGAUAUACCUGACGUUGAUUUAGUGAUCCAGCUUGAUCUCCCAACGGAUCCAGAUGUGUUUUUGCAUAGAUGUGGAAGGACAGGACGGGCAAAUAAGAUUGGAACUGCAAUUACAAUGUUCAACGAAGGUAGAGAGGAGGAAUACGUCAACUUUUUGAGUGUCAAAAACAUCAGUCUAAAACUGAUAGAUACCCCAAAGUUGAAGCCCGAGGAAACCAAAUUUUAUGAUGAUGAAAUGAGAAACUGGAUGUUGAAAGACCGACUCCUUUAUGAUAACGCUAUCCGAUGUUACGUUGGCUUUGUGAGAUACUACUCUAAACACGUUGCAUCUUCCAUUUUCAGACUUUCAGAGCUUGAUUAUCUCAAACUGGCUAAACUUCAUGGUCUCAAGAGGUUUCCUAAAAUGCCUGAAAAUAAAUACAUAACUAAUUUUCCAGAGGAUGGCUGGUUUGAUAGAUCCAUUGAUUUUGACAAAUAUGCCUAUAAAGACGAAGCAAAAGAGGCUGCAAGGCUUGCUGAGCUGAAAACUGAGAAAAGAAAACAGGAAAGGAAGGAAAAAUCGCUAAAGAAGCAAGAGUUAAAAGAAAAAAACGUUUCUUGGAGUAAGAAAGUUGAUUUGAAAGAAACUAAGCAAGAGAGGCGAGAAAGAGUGAUGAAGAGAAGAGAAGCUGUGGAAGCCGAAAUGAAAAGACAAAGAAAAGAAGGCGACGAUGAGGAUGAGGAAGUCGAAGUCGACUGGAAAGACAUGGUUCGUGCCAACAAGAAGCAGAAGAAUAUCAAGCCAGAAAGUAGAGGAUUUUUCGACGAUUUGUAA